AUGUGCAGAUUCAGAGUGAGCAUCAUGACUGAGUUCACCGGAGGCGACGUUUACCAGGCAGAAUUUGACCCAAAGGCCUUUCUGGAAUAUUUUAAGUUUGGGGACACCUGGAGAGAUGACUUUCUUAUCUUCAUCCUGAAACAAUACUGUAAAACCUUCACUUCAGGUGUGGUGAAAGGGGACACCCUGAUUGAUAUUGGCAGUGGCCCCAAUAUCCACCAGCUCCUCUCUGCCUGCGAAUCCUUUAAGGAGAUCAUCGCUUCAGACUAUACAUACCGGAACCACUGGGAACUGGAGAAAUGGCUGAAGAAUGAGCCAGGAGCGUUUGACUGGACUCCAGUGGUGGAAUACGUGUGUGAGCUAGAGGGAAACAGGGAGAAGGCGUCAGAGAAAGAGGCAAAAUUAAGGAAAACCAUCAAACAGAUUCUAAAAUGUGAUGUCCACAAAAGCAACCCCAUGGAUCCAAUUGUCCUGCCUCCAGCUGACUGCCUCAUUUCAUCACUGUGCUUGGAAGCUGCUUGCAAAGAUCUUAACACUUACCGCAAUGCUUUGAAGAACAUCAACUCUCUGUUAAAACCAGGAGGGCACUUGGUGCUGAGUGGAGAUUUGGGCUGCAGUUUCUUCAUGGUUGGCCCCAAAAGGUUCUCGUGUUUGGUCCUGGGAGAGGAAUUUCUGAGGAAAGUCCUCAGUGAAACUGGCUUCAUCAUUCAGGAGUUUGAGGUUCUCUUCAGGGGUGAUGAUAUCAUUGAUGACAGUUCUGAUUUCUCUGGGAUGUACUUCAUUCUCGCUCGGAAAGAGGAAGCAAUAUAAAUCCUUUGGGGAGUACGGG